AUGAUGGGCAAUCCCGCAUGGCUUCCUCAGCCAGUUCAGCUGCAUUCGAGCCGUAUAUUUGAGUGUGAUCCACUCACUGCAGAAGAAUGUGACUGGUAUAAGCAACGCUGGCAUUAUUGGUACAUCGCCGACUGGGUCUUUGCCCUGCCAACCAUCGCAUUUUUUAUGUGCGCCAUUGGUAUUUUCAUUAUUGGCCAUUUUCUGUCGGAAACUCUUGGUUAUAGAAGGUUCCGAGGGCCUCUGAUAUGGCAGAAAUUAAUUGCGGCUGUUCGAUAUCUCUCUUACCGUGGAUUCCACGUCAAGUCGCUUCAAUGGAACUCAGCCCCGGUUGGAAUUCUCCUAUUGGGACUCGCUGGGACCAUUUUCUUCUUCUGUAUAGACUUGAUUCCACAGCCUUAUUAUUGGUCAAGUAAGAUGUAUGGUAACUCGCCUGCCCUGGCGACUAGAUCUGGAUGGUUGAGUCUGGCAUGUAUGCCAUUUGUCUUCGCAACCGCAAGUAAGGCGAAUUGGAUCACGCUGUCGACGGGAGUUUCGUACGAGAGGCUCCAGGUCUUCCACAGAUGGAUUUCCUAUGCCUUUUUUGUCCUUGCGCUAAUGCACACAUUCCCAUUCAUUGUGUACCACAUCCGGUUUCACGACAUGCAACACCAUUUUUCUUCCAAUCUUGUGUUUUACUGGACCGGCAUCGUUGCCCUCAUUUUUCAAGCAUGGCUCACAUUUGCAUCUCAUAGCACAAUCCGGAACCUUGGAUAUGAAUUCUUCAAGAUGACGCAUUUCAUUGCUGUCGUUUUAUUUAUGCUGACAUUCUUUUGGCACUGCGGCUUUAGGCUCUCCUCAUGGGACUAUUUCAUCGCUACAGCGGCUGUAUAUGUUCCCUGUUACGUCUACCCCUGGCUCCGGACUUACUUUGAGUAUGGUUUCGGCCAGAAAGCUCAGCUUCUUGUAGAAGACAAUGGUUUCAUUCGCAUCACAGUUCCAGUCAAGUUCAGCUGGAAACCUGGACAGCAUUGUUUCCUGCGAUUUACAAGCUUUGGUCUACUGCACGCCCUCUCGUCUCACCCUUUUACCAUCUGCUCCUUGCCUAAAGUGGAUCCGAAUGAGCAGUCUGAGCUCGUUUUUUAUAUUCGUCAGGGAAGCGGCCUCACCGCUAGACUGCAGCAAUACGCUCUAAAGCGGCCCGGGAGUUCGGUUCCCGUACUCGUCGAUGGUCCCUAUGGAGGCAUUAAUGAGCAGAAGUACAUUGAUAGUGGCCAUCUCCUAGUCAUUGCAGGUGGCUCCGGCGCUGGCUGGUGUUUCCCGUUCAUUGAGCAAUUUGCCAGACACCGCUGGAUGGCAGCAGAUGAAGAGCAAGGCCAACCUCUCUCGCUGCGCGUCAUCCUGGUGACUCGAGACAUUGCUAGCCGCACAUGGUUUCUCCGAACUGUCAACGAGUUGCUAUCGGAGGUUUCAGCAACAAAUUCAUCAUCUAAUAUUGAUGUACAAGUGUAUCUGACUGCUGUAGAAGACCCAGCUUCGAAAGAAUCCGCCGCAUCGGCAGAUGAUAAAAUUGUUCCAGAGGAGGGACACAAGCUCAUUAUACCAGAAAAGGAAUUCGAGGGUCGACCACAGCUACCCCAGAUCAUCCAGGAAGAGGCAACGCGGGUCAUGGAAGCUGGGCAGUCACUCAACGUCUAUGUGUGUGGGCCUAGUACGAUGCAGAACGAUGUACGCAAUGCUGCCGCCGGAGAAAACCUAAAGAUUCUUACAGGCUCAAAAGCCGGUCAAGUCUAUUUUCAUUCCGAGCAUUUCUCUUGGGCAUGA